AUGUUCGGCUUUCUCGGUGUUUGGGUCCUAUGGAUAGGCCUCUUUUUCGCCGGCCGCUGGCUCUUUGGUGCGCUCUUCCUCCAGCAACAGGCAGCCCAAGCGCAGGCGCAGGCGCAGGCGCAGGCACAGACAGCAUCCCAGGCACCGGCUCAGCCCGCCGACACCAACACCACCGACACUGGGUCGCCCACGCCGGCCCCGGUGCCCGGCUCCCCGGCCGUUGGUGGCAGCCGCGAGAGUAAUUCCGUGGCCGAAUCCCAGGCCGUCUAG